UUCUACGUAUGUUUGGAAUACAAGAUGAACAACACUAUGUCCAUCCGAAAUCUUCUGGUAGGGAACCGAUGGCAUGGUCUAGUUUGUCUAUCAGGCAAGGUUUAGGAGGGGGUGCCUGUGGUUUCAACAGCUUAUGCUCAGUAGGAACUGAUCAGAGGCCAAGAUGUGAUUGUCCACUUGGGUAUAUCUUGGAUGAUCCGAAUGAUAAAUUAGGCAGCUGCGGACAAAAUUUUCCCGAGCAAAACUGUAACCUUGAAGCGCGAGAAGUUGAGUCUUUCACAUUCCACGAAAUGUUGGAUACUGACUGGCCUGACUCUGAUUAUGAGUCUCCCCGGGAUGUUUCAGAGGAUUGCUGCAGAGAGAAUUGUUUGAGUGAUUGCUUUUGUGCUGUUGCCAUUUACAGUGAUGACAAUGUUUGUUGGAAGAAAAGGUAUCCUCUUUCAAAUGGGAGAGUAGGUCCAACGAUCGGAGGGAAGACUUUGAUAAAAAUAAGGAAAGAGAACUCCACAGUGUGGGAAUCGCCAAAUGUUGAAAUACAAAUAAAAGAAAAAUCAAUCUACUCUGAUCAUUUCUGGUUCUGUGAUGUUGGCAAGUUCAGUUUUCAUGAAUUUAAUCUUAUUUCUUUCGGCACUUGUGUACCUUUUUAUGCUUAAAGGGAAAAAACGAAAGAGAAUUGCACCGUAUUCAGCUGUUCCGGGAGUGAACUUAAGAAGUUUUAGCUACAAAGAGCUAGAACAAGCUACAAAUGGAUUCAGGGAAGAGUUAAGAACUGGUACUUACUCAACAGUUUACAAAGCCGUUCAUCAUAACAUGGUAACAGAAGGAGAAGGAGAAGUAUUUGAAGCUGAAGUGAAUUCAAUCAGCACGACUAAUCACAAGAACUUAGUCCAACUCCUUGGAUUCUGCAACGAAGGCCAACACCGCCUUUUGGUAUAUGAACACAUGAAAACCGGCUCGAUAGCACACUUGCUAUUCAAAGAUUCUAGGCUUAGUUGGUCCAAAAGGGUACAAGUUGCCAUCGACACUGCUAAAGGACUUUGCUAUUUGCAUGAAGAGUACAGUACUCAAAUUAUACAUUGUGACAUCAAGCCCCAAAACAUGCUUUUGGAUGAAAAUUUGACAGCAAAAAUAGCAGAUUUUGGUAUGGCCAAGCUACUAAAAGACAUCAGACUCAAACAACAACUAGGAUACGUGGAACCAAAGGAUACGUAGCUCCAGACUGGUUCAGAAGCAGAUUUUGGUAUGGCCUGUAACUGUGAAGGUUGAUGUGUACAGCUUCGGGGUCUUGCUCUUAGAAUUGAUAUGCUGCAGAAAAAAUUAUGAGCAGGAUGUGGCAAAUGAGAACGAUAUGAUACUACUAGAAUGGGCUUACGAUUGCUGUAAAAGAGAUAAGUUGCAUUACUUGUAUGCGCUGAUGAAGAGGCAUUAGAAGAUAUCAAGAGAUUUGAGAAAUUCUUAUUGGUUUCUAUUUGGUGCAUUCAAAAAAAUCCAGCAUCAAGGCCUAACAUGAAGAAAGUAAUGUUAAUGCUUGAAGAGAUAAGUUGCAUUUUCUUUUACCUAAUAGAGAACACCAAUAACCUGCAUCUGUAUCUCAGUGCAAUAUGUUUCUUCAAAUGUAUGAAAUAUUUCAGCUUCAACCAUGAACCUAUAGCAGACAAUA